AUGGCUCCGAUGUGGACUAUCACUGUCCUCCUAUUCGCUGUUUUCGGGACUUCUGCCCAAGCAGCGAGUCCUGACUUCGGCGCCUCCCUCCCGUCUACGGACACUAUUAACGAGGACGUGGGAGGCGGUGUGUCCGUGUAUGACUUUACCGUGCAAGAUACUGACACUCAAACCGUGACGCUUAUCAUUCUAAACGCUAGCCCUUCACCAGCACCGUUUGAAGUGGCAAUAGCAACUUACAACUCUGGCACUACAACUGGACGGGUGAGUACAACGGCAAGUGCGUCCUUUGACUUUGAGACCACCACGUCCUACACUUUAACUAUUGAGGCCGAGGACCCCGACGGAAACAAGGUGUCCGCGGACCUCACAGUAAAUAUUGCGGACGUGAACGAAGCCCCAGUCAUCACCAACAUCCCCAACUCCGGACAGACCAUCGGCCUGAACGAAGACGUCGGCGGCAGUUACCAAGUCUUCCAGGUGACAGCCACAGAUGAAGACAAUGGUGACACUAUCACCUACUCGCUAGCCGGCGGAGGAUCAGACUUCGAAAUCGGCAGCUCCACCGGUAUCAUCACUACUACUGCUUCCACGUCCAUUAACUACGAGAGCGGUACGACGUCCUACACCCUGACGAUCACGGCAACUGACGGUGCCUUCAAUACGGACACGGGAGUCCUGACGGUCAACCUGGUAGAUACGAACGAUGAGUCCCCAGUAUUCAGCGGUUCCACCACGACCCCCGUUAGUCUGAACGAGGACGUACCGGUGGGCACCAGUGCGGGAGAGGUGCCGGCCUCAGACGCAGACUUCGGCGGGACCGACACCAUCACCUACCAGUUCAUCAGCACGCAGAACGACUUCACCUUAGAUGCCAGUACCGGAGUAGUGUACACUGCAGCUGAUCUGGACUAUGACGCGGCAGGUGCCACCCUUUCCUGGUCCCUGCCCAUCCGAGCGUUUGACGGCGCCAGCCACUCCGUCACGACAACCCUCACUAUCAACCUGGAGGACCUGAACGACAAACCGCCAGUCUGCACGCAGUAUGUCUACACGAAACAGAUGGCGGAAAGCACGGCGACGGGUACAAACGUGGCGACGCUGAGCUGUAGCGACUCUGAUGGCACCAGUCCUAACAACCAGCUGUCCUACAGCCUGUCGGGCGGGUCCGGACUCUUCACGCUCACCGGGGCUGAAGUCAAGACGAGCGCUGCGUUGGAGUAUGACUCUGCCACCGCCUCCGCCCAGAACUGGCUCUACACCAUGGAGGUCACGGUCACGGACGGCGGGACCAACCCACAGGCAAACUCAGCCACGGUGACGGUUGUGGUUGAAGUGACGAACGAGAACGAGAACAACCCGACCUGUACCCAGCCCACCUACACCGCCACGCCUAAUGAAGACGAGACCGUGGACGCAACUAUACAGUCUCUCAGCUGUUCGGAUGGCGAUUAUGGAGACUUCGGUGACCUAACCUACGCCAUCGUAACUGGUAACUUGGACGGGAAGUUCUAUAUCCACCCGACUGCUGGGGACAUCAAGCUGAGGACUACACUGGACUACGAGACAACACCUUCUUACGUCUUAGAGGUGACAGCCACUGACGGCGGGGGCUCAGCCGUCACUGCGACGGUCAGCGUUAACGUCGUGAACGUGAACGACAUGACGCCGACGUUCAACCCCGCCUUCUAUACACACUCGGUCGUGGAGACGUCGGUAGUCAUCAAUUACGUGGUCGCGACUCUCACCUGUGCUGACGGCGACUCACCGGACAGCGAAAUCCAGUACUCUAUUAUCUCAGGAAACACCGCGGGUAACUUUAAGAUAUCGGAUGUGGACAACGGAAACCCUCUGAUCGAAGUGGCGAAGGCGAUCGACUAUGACGACGCCAGCGAGGCUCAGUCCUACACCCUGGUGGUGAAAGCUGUGGACGAGAAUGGAGUAUCGACGGGGCUGUCCUCAAGCGCCAUUAUAGAGAUAGACAUCACUGGAGACAACGAGUUCACGCCGAGCUUCGCCGCUGCCAACCCCACAUCACCUACGCUUGACGAAGAGUCGCAGGUUGGCACAUCCGUUGUCACCUUCGCCGCUACUGACGGCGACAGAGGAUCAGACGGGGCCGUCACGUACGAGAUUAUCAACGGCAACACGGACGGGAACUUCGAGAUCGACACGUCUACAGGCGUGGUCUACACCGCUAAGGUGAUCGACUACGAGACGAUGGGAAACACUAAGAGCUACACUAUAACAGUGAAGGCCUCGGACGCAGGGUCGCCGGUCAACACGGCUACACAACAGGUGACGAUAACCAUUGAUGACAUCAACGACAACGGCCCGGUGUGCACGCAGUACCUGUACGCCGUGUCAGUGGACGAGAACACCGCUUCGAACACAGCGAUCGCCCAGUUGAACUGCCAGGACGCAGACACCACCUACGGAACCGUGAGCUACUACGAGGACCCGGCCAGCUCAGUCUUUGUGCUGGACACCACGUCCGGGGCGGUGACACUGGACAAUUUCGUACUAGACUACGAGUCCGGCACAACGUCGUACGAGCUCAAAAUCAAGGCGACAGAUAGCGACCCGAAUGGGGCGAGGACAGCCGACAUCACAGUCACCAUGUACGUCAACCCCCUGAAUGAGGACGAUCCAGCCUUCACACAGACGAUAUACACUGCCGGGUCUUUGGAUGAGGAUACCGCCAUAGGCACCAGUGUGAUCACUAUUACUGCUAACGAUGCCGACAGCGGGUCAGACGGAACCAUCACUUACGCCAUCACCUCACCUGCUAACUCACCUUUCGGCCUAGACUCGUCUUCAGGUCUGGUGACUCUUGUGUCUGCGCUUGACUACGAGACGGACACGAACUAUAAGCUGAUCGUGACGGCUACUGACGGCGGCGGACUGGACGAUACCUCCACGGUCACGGUCAACGUCAACAACGUCAACGACAACACACCUUCCUGCACCCCGUCUCUCUUGACCACCGAUCUCGCCGAAGACACGACCACCCCCUUCACGGUCCUGACUCUGACCUGCUCGGACGGGGAUACCGGCGCGGACGGCACCCUCGUCUACACCCUAUCCCAGUCACCGAGCACAAAGUUCUCCAUCAGCAACGCUGGCGUGAUAGAACUCACAACCGCCGUGGACUUCGACGGUGGCGAGACGUCAUACUCCCUGGUUGCCACGGUAACAGACAGCGCGGCCGUGGUGGCGGACCGGAAGUCGACCACGGUGCCCAUCACGGUGGAAGUGACGUCAGUGAACGAGGGCGCGCCGGUGUUUGACAACGCGCCUUACGCCGUGAGCGUGAGCGAGGCGACAACAAUCGGGACGGCCGUGUACACCGCCUCCGCCACGGAUCCGGACAGCACGGCGGACUCCUUCGGACAGAUCACGUAUUCCAUCACGAGUGGAGACACACUGAACCUGUUUGAGAUCGACUCCAACACGGGACAAAUCAUGGCGAAGGCAACUCUGGACCGGGAGGCAGCGUCCUCACACACACUACAGCUUAAGGCCGAAGACGGAGGCACCAUGUCGGGCACCACGUCCAUCGUGAUCACCCUGACAGACGAAAAUGACCAGACACCCGAGUGUAACCCCGCCACGUACAUCGAGACUGUGUCGGAGACAGAGGCGGUCGGCUUCACCGUGCUGACGCUGGGGUGUACCGACACGGACGACGCGGCUUACGGGACGAUGUCAUACUCUAUAACUACCGGCAACACGAAGUUGUACUUUGAAAUGAGCGGCGCGGACCUGAAGCUGAAGAAGCAGCUGGAUUACGAGGACGAGACGACUUUCUCCCUGAGCAUCCUGGUCCAGGACAACAGCGGCAACACUCCGUCCAACUCCGCUACUGUGCCUGUGUCUAUAUAUGUUGACCCGUCGAACGAGUUCACGCCGUACUUCAGCCCGGAGACCUACUCCAACACCGUGUUCGAGGACGAGGCGGUCGGCGCCACCGUGGUCGAUGUGGACGCCUACGACAGCGACUCCAGCGCGAACGCACACGGCCAGAUCACCUACACCAUCCAGGGCGGCAACAGCGAGGGAAAGUUCUCCAUAGACGACAGCACGGGCGAGGUGAUCCUAGUGGACGCCUUAGACAGGGAGUCCACGGCGAGCUACAGCCUGACCGUCAGGGCGUCGGACGGUGUGACAGGUGGAGGGACGCCCAACACUAACACCACCACGGUCACCAUAACUGUUGGAGAUGCCAACGAUAACGACCCGGUGUGUAGUCCGGCUGUGUACACUCGAGCGCUGGCAGAGGAUACUGGCGUCUCCACUCAGGUGGUCACGGUCACUUGUGCUGACGACGAUGACGGCACCAACGCGAACCUCGUCUACUCCACGACGUCGACGUACUUUGCUAUAGCCAGCAGUUCCGGAAUUAUCACUGUCCAAAACGUGCCUGACUUCGACGCGGGAGCUCCCUCAUCCUACAGCCUCACCGUGAAGGCUGUAGACGGGGGAGUGACGCCGCGAACCGGAACAGCCCUGGUCACCAUUACCCUGACGGAGACGAAUGACUACACACCCGCCUUCACGCAGACGUCCUACAGCGCAAGCGUGAACGAAAACGUGGCGGUCGGAACCUCCGUCGCAGCGGUGACUGCAACAGACAGUGAUGCAGGUAACGACGGCGUGAUAGUGUACACCAUGCCGACCUACACCAACUUCCGACUUGACGAGGACUCGGGGGAGAUCACGCUGAAGGCGGAGCUGGACUACGAGACGACUCAGACGUACCAACUGGUGGUCACGGCGACGGACCAGAGCGCCGCACUGGCAGACAGACGGAGUGCAAGUGUCACAGUCCAAAUCACCGUGAACGACGUGAACGACAACGAGCCGUCGUGCAGCCCGGCCACGUACACGGCGACGAUCGCCGAGGACGCCGCCGACGCCACGAACGUCGCGACGCUGGUGUGCGACGACCUGGACUCGGGCGUCAACGACGACCUGGUGUUCGCCAUCUCCGGCGGAGACGGCCUGGGGCAGUUUGCCGUCAGUACCGCAGGGGUCGUGAGUGUCGUCAAGGACGGGACGGACGACUUGGACUUCGAGACGACGCAGACCUACUCGCUGGAGAUACAAGUGUCCGACUCCGGAGUGCCAGCGCUUACAACUACUGUACAGGUCGGAGUGACGUUGACCGACGUUAAUGAGUACGCCCCUGACUUUGACCCUGACGCGUCAGCCGUGAGUUCGUACAGCAUCAACAUCGCCGAGGACGUGGCGGUGGGGACAACAGUCAUGACGAUCACAGCUAACGACAAUGACACGGCGCAGUCUGUCACCUUCUCGUUCAACCCUUCAAGCAACAAGUUCCUCAUAGACGCAGACUCGGGAGCUAUUACGGUGAAGUCUAGCCUUGACUACGAGUCGGUGACGUCCUACGCGCUCAAGGUGCAGGCGGUGGACUCCGGGUCGCCCGCCAAGACCAGCACCGUGGACCUCGCCUUCUCCGUCACCGACGUUAACGACAACGACCCGGUCUUCAGCCCGACGUCUUAUGCCGUACAGGUGCAAGAGAACACCACGAACGGUGCGGUUGUUGUCACCACGACCUGUACCGAUGUCGAAGACGCCUCUGUCGUGUACGCCGAGUUUAGCGGGGACGUCGGUAACGUGUUCGGCAUCGCCACCAACGGAGAUAUCAUCAUGCAGGACGCCACCAACUUAGACUACGAGACCCUGACGGCGUACACCCUCCUGGUCACCUGUAGUGACACCACUGUUACCGAGAGAACCGUCACCGCUACCGUACAGAUAGAAGUGACCGGGUAUAACGAAGACCCGCCUGCCUUCACCAACUCGGUCCUGGCUACCUUCGCCGCAGACACGUACUCGGCCACAAUCUCCGAGGACAUCUCCUUAGGAGAGAACGUGACGCAGGUGUUGGCUACCGACCCUGACGCCGGGCCGGAUGGGGACAUCUACUACAGCAUUACUAGCGGGAACAGCCAGGGCAAGUUCUACAUAGACAGCAGCACAGGCUACAUCAUGGUGAACAAAGAACUAGACCGCGAGGCGACGGCGUCCUACGUGCUGAUCGCGACGGUCACAGACGGCGGGACGGCCCCGACGCGCUCGGCCACCGCCACCGUCAGCGUCACGGUGGCAGACGUCAACGACAACACGCCGCUCUGCGUGCCGUCCAUAUACAGCAACACGCUGGCAGAGAACUCCGCCAGUGGGACUAAUGUGGCAACUAUUACAUGCAGUGACAUUGACGACGGCGUUAACUCCCAGCUGACAUACACUAUAAUGAGUGGGGAUAGCCAGGGACAGUUCACAAUGGGCACGACGGGUAUCCUGACUGUUAGUGGAACUCCCGACCUAAACUAUGAGGAUACUCAGGAAUAUUCCAUCAUUAUUCAAGUAUCGGACAGUGCAGUGACCACGCCGCUCGCCACUAACGUAACUGUCGCAGUAGAAGUGACUGGAGUGAACGAGUUUACACCCGUCUUCAACCCGACUUCCUACUCCGUCAGCAUCAGCGAGAACGCCACUCAGGGCAUCACUGUGGAGACUGUGGUCGCCACUGACGCCGACUUCGGGAGCCAAGGAGACAUCAGCUACACCAUCAGCGCAGGAAACGCCGAGCAGAAGUUCGUCAUCGACAGCAGCUCGGGAGCCAUCGGCCUGGCGCAAACCUUAGACCGUGAGACAACCGCCAGCUACCAGCUCACGGUCCUCGCCAUAGACGACGGCGGAGCCUCCUCUCUCACGGGCACCACGACUGUAACAGUCACCAUAACGGAUGUGAACGACAACACGCCGGUAUUCGGGCAGUCCCUCUACACGGUGGAUUUGGCCGAGACCACCGCAGCAGGGUCUGCUGUAGUUACUGUGGGGGCUACGGAUGCUGAUGAUGGGACGAACGCGGCUAUCACGUACUCUAUCGUUAGCGGCAACACGAACAACGAUCUCGCCAUCGAUGCAAGCACAGGUGCCGUGACGUUGAGCAACCCGCUCAACUACGAAGUGACCGAAGACUACACGGUCACCAUCCGCGCGACAGACGGCGGAUCCCCCGCCAACUCCGCCGACGCUACCCUCAGUCUGACCGUCAGCGCAGUCAACGAGUUCCCGCCUGACUUCACCCAGAGCUCCUGGUCCGUGUCAAUUCUUGAGAACUCCACCUACGGAGAGGUGGUGGCCACAGUAGCGGCUACAGACGACGACAGCUACGCGGACGGGACUGUUACAUUCUCUAUAACAAACGGGAACGGGGAGGCAAAGUUCCAAAUGGAGACCACCACGGGCGUGAUCAAACUUACAGCCAGCUUAGAUAGGGAGAACACCGACUUCUACAACCUAACCGUACAGGCCACAGACAUGUCCACCUCGCCUCUGUCUAACAGCACGUAUGUGGAGAUAACUGUUAUAGAUUCCAACGACAACUACCCCACCUUCAGCCCAACUGUGUACAGUGCCACAGUGCCUGAAGACGAAGCAGUCGCCACCACCAUUGUCAGCGUGACCGUUACUGAUGCAGAUAUAGGCACCAACGCUGAUAUUACCUAUACCAUCACUGCUGGGAACAGUGAGAGCAAGUUCAACAUCCUAACCAACGGAGCUGUUGUGCUCGCGGAUACGUUGAACUAUGAAAGCACAACCCAGUACACGCUAACCAUAACCGCGACUGACGCCGGCAACCCUCCACUCUCCUCCGACGCGAUUGUUUCCGUAACCGUCGGCGCUGUGAACGAGUUCGCCCCGGUGUUUGCCCAGGACCCUUACGCCGCUUCGGUAAACGAGAACGCUACCAUAGGCACUGUAGUUACAACAGUGAACGCUACCGACGACGACGCCGGAUCCCAGGGGCUGGUUCUGUACUCCAUCGUGGCCGGUAACUCAGAACGGAAGUGGGUCAUCGACGAGGAAUCCGGCAACAUCUCCAUCGCUACAACCUUAGACCGGGAGACAACAGACACAUACGAGCUGACUGUUAGGGCAUAUGACAGCUACGGCGUGUUGCCUUUCAACUUCACCGACGUCAACGUUACCAUUACGGUCCUAGACAUCAACGACAACGAACCAGUCUUCAAUCCACAAACGUACAGCGUAUCCAUUCUAGAGGGUGCUCUUGUGGGCACCACGGUGGUCAAGUUCACGUCGACGGACUUGGACAUCAACGCCAACGCCGUGCACGAUUACGUCAUUUCCGCCGGAAAUACCGGAGACGCGUUUGAGCUCAGCAACGACGAGAUUCUGCUGAAGAACAAGCUGAACCACGAAACCGUCGGACUCUACACGCUAACGAUCCAGGCCACCGAUCAGGGUGAUCCUGUCCUUACCGGCGAGGCGACCGUGACCGUCACAGUUCUGCCCGAGAACGAGUUCCAGCCGGUGUUCCAGGAGGACAGUUCGACAGUACUGGUUUCCGAGGACGCGGUUCUGGGCACGCUGAUCUAUAACGCCAACGCCACGGAUAACGACACGGGGACGUACGGAAACCUGGAGUUUUACAUUACCGCUGGCAACGGCGGCAACGGCGCGACGUUCCUCUGCGACUCCUCCACUGGGGAAAUCAGGUUGGGGACGUACCUGGACCGAGAGACGAACGCGUCCUACGUCCUCACUAUCACGGUGUACGACCACGACGCCGCCGACGCCAACACUAUGAAUGACACCAUGCAAGUGACCGUCACCGUGUCUGAUGUCAACGACAACAAACCGACGUUUUCUCAAGACCAGUUUAACGUCUUCGUCAAUGAGAACGUCCCGAGUGGAACUUUAGUAACAACCAUGGUUGCUACUGAUAUAGACGCUGGUACCAACGCCCAGGUAGUGUACAGUAUCGUCUAUGGCAGUUCUAACUUCGUCAUCGACUCCAGCACUGGAGACAUCACCACGAACACCGCCAACCUUGACCGUGAGACACAAGACUGGUACUACCUCACGGUCAAGGCCGCAGACCAGGGCUCUCCCGUACUGUCCAGCGUGGUCGGAGUGACCAUCUGGCUGAAUGACGAAAAUGACAACUCUCCAAUCUUUAACCCAGAUAACUACAUUAUCAACAUAGAAGAGGACGUGGCAGUGAACAGCGCGUUCUACAUGUUAAGAGCGAACGAUGCGGAUAGCGGUACUAACGCAGCUCUUACAUAUAACAUAACCAACGGCGAUCCGCAGGGGCAGUUUGCUAUAGCCUCUACCGGAGAAGUUAGCGUGGUCUCGAGUUUGGACAGGGAGACUACUGAUCAGUAUAUCCUAGAUGUUUUUGUGUACGAUGGAGGCAGUCCUUCGCUAAACGCCACUGCUACGGUGACAGUAAACGUGCUAGACGUGAAUGACAACUUCCCCGUGUUCUCGUCCGACCCUUACGUUGUCUCUGUAUACGAGGACAUCGCAGUCGGGAGCACGGUGGCCCCCGUCACCGCGACCGAUGCCGACUCCGGCACGAACGCGCAAGUGUCCUACACGAUCAUCGACGGCAACCAGGAGAACAAGUUCGUCGUCAAUCAGGCCGACGGCCCUCUCCUCCUGGCGUCGUCCCUCGAUCGGGAAAGCAACGACACCUACAACAUCACCUUACGGGCUUACGACGGAGGCAGCCCGAGCCUAUCUACAACCGUUACGGUCUACGUGAUGGUUCUAGACGUAAACGACAACACGGCCUUGUGGUCUGACGCUAACUAUACUUUCUACAUAUCCGAGGACGCGGCAAUCGGAGCAAGCGUUGGUAACAUCAGCGCAAGCGAUAUCGACAUCUCCAACAACGCCGACCUGAGAUACACUAUAACCAGCGGUGACUCUGGCAACCAGUUCGCCAUAGUUGACACUACUGGUAACAUCACUGUGAACGCACCACUAGACAGGGAGGCGAUAACAAACUACAGUCUUACCGUCCAAGUGACGGACUUGGGAAACCCUGCGCUGCAAAACAGCGUCACUGUCCUGAUCAUAGUCGUAGACGUCAACGACAACAACCCGAUCUUUACACAAUCUCUCUACGAGACUCAGUAUGUGGAGAACAGCAACACGGGGCUUAGUGUGCUAACUGUUACUGCAACUGAUGCAGACAAUGGUACGAACGCAGCGAUUGCAUACAGUAUCUCCAACACUAGCACGACGGGACUCAACUACUUCACAAUCGACUCCAGUUCGGGUGUAGUCUCCAUCGGGUCGUCCUUAGAUCGGGAGGCGGACGCGAUCGUGACGUUUGUCGUGGUGGCGACGGACGGAGGGACGCCGACACUGACAGGCACGACAACUGUCAGGGUGAACGUCACGGACCUGAACGACAAUCCGCCGGUCUUCAACCCGGAUUUCUACAGUCUUGAGUUGCCGUACGACUCCACCAGUACGGAGGUCCUGACGACAGUGUCGGCAACCGACGCCGACAUCACCACGAAUUCCGAGAUUAUCUUCUCCUUGGUGGACCAGACGGAGUGGUUCACGAUGGAGCCGUUCAGCGGGAACUUCAAGCGGCUGGCGGGCUCAGGAAGUCUGGAGAAGGACGUGAAGAUCGUGGCAAGAGCCAUCGCCAGGGACGGGGGUAAAGGACUUUGA